AUGUGCUACACCUGGGUCAACCCGCAGGGCGUCGCCGCCGCGGUGCUGGUGGACGCGGAGUACCCACAGAGAGUGGCCUUCGGGCUCGCGUCCGAGGCCGUGCGGAUGUUCCUGGAGAGCAGUUCGAGGGCAAGUGGGAAGGCAGGACACGCAGCUGGAGUCCCCUCAGAUCCAGGAGCUGUUCGUGAGGUUCCAGAACCCCGCGGAGGAUG